UUCGAACUGUCACUUUUUCCAUUGCAUCCCAAUUAAUUUGUUGGUUUUCAUUCCAACAGAAUCUAUUUGUUAUUUUUUAUUUCUAUACAAAAAUUCACGACUUAAAUUGUAAUUAUAUUCACAUUAAAUAUAAAUAAAUAAAAACCCAGACGAUAUGCAAAAAGAACAAUCCGUAGAAGGGUCAGAAAAGAAUGACUAUCCCAAAGCUUCAAAUGGCCUGGUAUUUGGGGCAAUUGUUACAUUCGUCGGUGCUAUUGCUCUACUGAUGGCUUUUUGUUCGCCUUAUUGGAUUGAAUCCUAUGAGGAGUCACGCAGCAGCUUCCUCAACAUGGGUAUUUGGCAAUAUUGCUUUAAGAACUUCGUCUAUCCGAAUUAUCAAUUUCCAAAGAAGUUCACUGGAUGCUAUGGAGCUUACAGUCACGAAUACCAUGAGAUCAGGGAGUAUCUCCUGCCUGGAUGGCUGAUCUCUGUCCAGGUGCUUGUGACAAUCGGGUUUCUACUCGCCUACGCCUGUCUGGGUGUUCUAUCGAUGAUCAUCACUCGUCUGCCACUCAAGGGAGUUCUCCAAUACGAAUGGAUUCUUACUAGAAUCUCCUUUAUCUUAUGCGCUGUUUCCAGCAUCUGUAUGUUCGUGGCUAUAGUUAUUUUCGGCUGCUGUGCUUACCGUCGUGACUGGCUGAUGUAUCCCAAGUUCAACGUCCUCUCAUGGUCCUACUCUCUGGCUGUUGUGGCCUGUAUGGUUCUAGGGCUUGCUGCAAUGAUCCUCUAUCGCGAGGCAAAGGACGCCUACGAGUUGCGUGGCGAUAGUAAGAAUCUGGUUAUGCAAAUGGAAAUGCAGGAGCCCGGCUAUCAACCACCACGCCAUCAUCAAAGCCAAUCGCGUAGUCUUCACGGCUAUAUCUAGGCUCUGAGGCUUCUCAAAUUAGUUUUGAAUAGAUUUAAGCCUCAUUCUUUUUUAUACUACAUAUCUUAAACACAUUUUUAAUCCGUCCAAAAAUCACACGUGUACAAGUGCCCUUAAAUGUUUACAACUACAAAUUGUGUCUAGAUUUAGAAAUUACUUAACCAACAAAUCCGUCCGAGUGGUAAAAAGUGCCUUUUUAAGAAAUACAAAGAAAUAUGAAUCUUUGUCUUCGAAUAUUUUUUUAAAUUGUAAUAAAUUUGUUUACAAUCUAGAAAUAAUUUCAUAGAAUAAUAAUUUUGAUUUAAGCAAAAAUUAAAACGAAAAUAAAUUGACGAAAGUUUUUAAACUUCUUUUUAGACAAAAAAUAA